AUGGCCACGGGCACGGGUGCUGACUGUCCCCUCUCUCCUUCCCAGUCGCUGCUUUUCCUGGGCUUGGUGGCCGCCGUCUGCCUCGGCCUCAACCUCCUCUUCCUCACCGUCUACCUGAUCUGCCUGUGCUGCUGCAAGAGGGACCAGGAGCCCGAAACCAAGCGGCCCCACUCCUGCUGUGUCACCUGGAUGGCUGUCACCGCCGGGCUCAUCUGCUGUGCGGCCGUCGGCAUCGGCUUCUAUGGGAACAGCGAGACCAACGACGGGGUGUACCAGCUGCUCUACGCCCUGGACCACGCCAACCACACCCUGACCGGCAUCGACUCGCUGGUGGCGGGCACCACGCUGCAGAUGCAGGUGGGCCUGGAGCAGCACCUGGCACGGCUGAACGAGCUCCUGGCCGCACGGGGGGACUACCUGCAGACCCUCAAGUUCAUGCAGCAGUUGGCCGGCAGCAUCGUCCUGCAGCUCUCGGGGCUGCCUGUCUGGAGGGGCACCAGCACUGACCUCACCGCGCUGGCCGGCAACAUCGCCUACGUCGAGUACUACCGGUGGUUGGCUUAUCUCCUCUUCUUCAUCCUCGUCCUCACCGUCUGCCUCCUGGCCUGCCUGGGGCUGGCCAAGCGCUCCCGCUGCCUCCUCACCACGAUGCUGUGCUGCGGGCUGCUGACGCUCAUCCUCAGCUGGGCCUCCAUGGCCGUGGACACGGCGGCGGCGGUGGGCACCAGCGACUUCUGUGUGGCCCCGGACAAGUUCAUCAUGAACCAGACGGAGAGCGACAUCAGCGCAGAGGUGGUUCACUAUUACCUGUACUGCGACCAGAGCCUGAGCAAUCCCUUCCAGCAGGCUCUCACCGUCUUCCAGCGCUCGCUCACCACCAUGCAGAUCCAGAUCCAAGGCCUGAUACAGUUUGCGCUGCCCCUCUUCCCCACAGCCGAGAAAGACCUGCUGGGGGUCCAGCAGCUCCUCAACUCCUCAGAGACCAGCCUGCACCAGCUCACGGCCAUGCUGGACUGCCGGGGGCUGCACAAGGUGAGAGGGGGGCCAAGACAGGGGGACCGGGACUACGACGACAUGGACGAGGAAGACCCCUUCAACCCGCAGGCGCGUCGCAUCGCCACCCACAACCCGGCCCGGGGGCAGCUCCGCAGCUUCUGCAGCUACAGCAGCAGCCUGGGCAGCCAGAGCAGCCUGCACCCCCCGGCGCAGACCAUCUCCAACGCCCCCGUCUCCGAGUACAUGAACCAAGCCGUGCUCUUUGGUGGAAACCCGCGCUACGAGAACGUCCCCCUGAUCGGCAGAGGCUCUCCUCCUCCCACGGUACACAUGCGAGCCACCUACCUGUCCGUCACCGAUGAGCACAUCAGGCACCACAGCACCGAGUUCCCAGCCUAACGCGCUCGCCCCGAGCAGCUCACGGGAGGAGAAAAUGCCACCGGCGUUUCUGUAACGGAAACCAAAGACACCUGGAAAAGACGCGGUGGGAAGCCCGAUGGCAGCAGCCAGAGGACAAGCCCCCGCCCGGCGGUAGGGAGCCCCGCGCCCCCCACGUGCUCUGUGCACCCUCCUCUCCUCCUCGGCAGCUUCUGCUUGGUCUCAAGUCUUCCUGCCUUACGGCUGACAGCGACUCCGGGGCCGAACGCCAUCCGGCAGCGGGGCAGCACCGUGGCCGGGCUCCCGGUGUGCCGGCAAGACCAGAGACGCUUCACGCCCCUGCAUUGGCUUCUCCUUUCCCUUCCCAUCUGCACCAGCUCGGGGAUGUUUUACACCACGGAGGGGAGCCUUCUCCAGCUCCCUCUGCCUGGAGCGCAAAGCCUGGGACCACGGGCUGCCCCCAGCACCAGCCCCUCAGGGAGGGGUCCGGGGCAGCGGCUCCUUCACUCCCGUAGCAAUGCAGUACCAACCACUAGUGAUCCCAGCCCCUUC